CACAGUUGCUUUCCAUAAAUCCAAAGCAUUUCAAUCUUAACCCUCCCACCGACGCGUAUGGGGAUUCAACUUCAACUUCAAAGUUCAAAAACCAUCUGUCUCCACGUGUCGACAUCAAGAAGGCUUAAGCGUCGUAUUGCACUGGAAUAAACCCGCGACACAUCCAAUCAUAGCCUCCCUCUCUCUCUUUCUUAUCGCCAGCCAUUGCCAUAGAUCUGAAACAGAGAUCACAGUGUUAGCGCUUUUAUUCUCCAUUGGACGUUCCCCCGAACACCCCGCACCUAUAAUCCAGCACCAAUCCAACCCGUUUUCGCUCGGAUCUAGGACCUCAGUGUCUAAGUGAAUAAGGUUGGGGUUUGCGAUGGCUCCGACGACGAUCCGGAAGGCGAUUGGGGUGGUGAAGGACCAGACCAGCAUAGGAAUAGCCAAGGUCGCAAGCAACAUGGCGCCGGAGAUGGAGGUCGCGAUUGUGAAGGCGACGAGCCACGAUGACGACCCUGCCAGCGACAAGUACAUAAGGGAGAUCUUGAACCUCAUGUCUCACUCUCGCGGCUACGUCCACGCGUGUGUCACCGCCGUGUCCAAGCGGUUGGGUAAGACGCGCGACUGGAUUGUGGCCCUCAAGGCGCUGAUGCUCGUGCACAGGCUCAUGAACGAUGGUCCGCCGCUCUUCCAGGAGGAGAUCCUCUACGCCACCCGCAGGGGAACCAGGCUCCUCAACAUGUCUGAUUUCAGAGACGAGGCUCACUCUAGCUCCUGGGAUCACUCCGCUUUUGUCAGGACCUAUGCUUUGUAUCUCGAUCAGAGGCUUGAAUUGAUGCUGUUCGAUAGAAAAGGCACAGUCUCCGCCGCCAAUGGUGGCGGUGAUGAUAGGUUUGGCGGAAGAGACAAUUUCCAGUCACCGCCGUAUGAGUACGGCGGUGGUGAAUUUAGAGGGGAAGGCGCUUAUGGGAAUGGGAUGAGGAAGACAAGAUCGUAUGGGGACAUGAGUGAAUCGGUGGGGAGAGGGGAAGAAAAGAGGGUUGUGAGUGUGACUCCGUUGAGGGAUAUGACGCCGGAGAGGGUAUUCGGGAAGAUGGGUCAUUUGCAGAGGCUGUUGGAUCGGUUUUUGGCUUGUAGGCCUACUGGGUUGGCUAAGAAUAGUAGGAUGGUUUUGAUUGCGUUGUAUCCUGUUGUCAAGGAGAGUUUUCAGUUGUAUGCUGAUAUAUGUGAGGUUUUGGCUGUGUUGCUUGACAAGUUCUUUGAUAUGGAGUAUGCUGAUUGUGUGAAGGCUUUUGAUGCUUACGCCAGUGCAGCAAAGCAGAUUGAUGAGCUGGUUGCUUUUUACAAUUGGUGUAAGGAUACUGGUGUGGCGAGGUCCUCAGAGUAUCCUGAGGUUCAGAAGAUUACCAGCAAGUUGCUUGAGACGUUGGAGGAAUUUGUGAGGGAUAGGGCCAAGAGGCCAAAGAGUCCCGAGAGAAAAGAGGAGGCUCCACCAGUGGAGAAGGUAGAGGAGGAGCCAGCACCAGAUAUGAAUGAAAUCAAGGCACUGCCUCCGCCGGAGAAUUAUACUCCGCCUCCUCCGCCUGAGCCGGAGCCCAAGCCACAGCCACAGGUUACGGAGGAUUUGGUGAAUCUGAGAGACGACGCAGUCACUGCAGAUGAUCAGGGAAAUAAAUUUGCUUUAGCACUCUUUGCUGGUGCACCUGCUAAUAAUGCAAAUGGAUCAUGGGAAGCCUUCCCGUCAAAUGGACAGCCAGAAGUGACUUCAGCCUGGCAAACCCCGGCAGCAGAGCCUGGGAAAGCUGAUUGGGAAUUGGCAUUGGUAGAGACUGCUAGCAAUUUGUCAAAGCAGAAGGCAGCUUUAGGUGGUGGGUUGGAUCCUCUAUUGUUGACUGGUAUGUAUGAUCAAGGAAUGGUGAGGCAGCAUGUCAGCACUACCCAACUGAGUGGUGGGAGUGCAAGCAGUGUGGCAUUGCCGGGACCAGGGAAGACUCCGGUUUUGGCUCUCCCCGCCCCAGAUGGAUCUGUGCAGCCGGUUAAUCAGGAUCCAUUUGCUGCAUCGCUGAGUGUUCCACCACCAUCCUAUGUGCAAAUGGCUGAUAUGGAGAAGAAGCAGCACUUGCUUGUGCAGGAGCAGCAGGUGUGGCAUCAGUAUGCAAGGGAUGGGAUGCAAGGUCAAUCUAGCUUGGCCAAACUGAAUGGCGCUGGAUACUAUGCCGGAGGUCCUAUGCCCAUGAUGCCUUAUGGGAUGCCCCCAGUUAAUGGAAUGGGACCUCCAACCGGGUAUUAUCACACUCCUUACUGAUACCCCUUUUCACUUUUUUCUUUGUGUCAUAUCUAUAGGUUGUUUCGUUUAUUUUUUACUAUGACAUAGUGUUUUCCUUGGUUUCAAAUGAUGUCAUCUUAUUCUUGGGAUCUGCACAUUAGUACAACGGGGAUGCUAAGGAGACUGGGUUGAAGAGACAAAUUCUUGUUGGGUUUUGAUGCUGGGAGAUGUGAAACUCAUCCGUGAUGUCUCUCUGUAUUUUGUAAUAGUAGCAUUUUCUUCUCGAUUUUGUACUUCCAAGUGAUUCUUGCACCUUAAAAACAAACUAUUAACUACUGUAAAUUUUAUUAAAUGCUGGUGCUGAUGAACACGAUUGGUUAUACCAAAUGAUAUUUCCUUCUUGUGGGAGCA